AUGGCCUUCGGCCGACUGCAACCCCCACCGAGAGUGUCACGAGAGCCACGCACCUCCCGCUCCGUCCCGGUUCGAGCCCCCGCCCCCAUCCCCGAGCCCGCGGAGAGCGGUGCAUUGGUCAAAGCAGCUAAGGAAUACAUUAGUGAAAAGGGCCCUGCUCUGUUCGGUGUCACCAAGCGAGGGUUACAAGCAGAGGAAGGGGUGAUGACCAACUCUAUUAGAAUGCGCUCGAGCCGGCCGGCCCCGUCCGCUGCGCCGGAGCCGGACGGCUGCCCCGUCUGCGUUUGGCGGCAGCACAGCCGCGAGCUGCGCCUGGAGAGCAUCAAGUCGCAGAUCCUGAGCAAACUGCGGCUCAAGGAGGCGCCCAACAUCAGCCGGGAGGUGGUGAAGCAGCUGCUGCCUAAGGCGCCGCCGCUGCAGCAGAUCCUGGAUCUGCACGACUUCCAAGGCGACGCGCUGCAACCCGAGGACUUCUUGGAAGAGGACGAGUACCACGCUACCACGGAGACGGUCAUAAGCAUGGCCCAGGAGACGGACCCUGCAGUGCAGACAGAUGGCAGCCCUCUCUGUUGCCAUUUCCACUUCAGCCCCAAGGUGAUGUUCACAAAGGUACUGAAGGCCCAGCUGUGGGUGUACCUUCGGCCUGUACCCCGCCCAGCCACAGUCUACCUGCAGAUCUUGCGACUGAAACCCCUAACUGGGGAAGGGACCGCAGGGGGAGGGGGUGGAGGCCGGCGUCACAUCCGUAUCCGUUCACUAAAGAUUGAGCUCCAUUCACGGUCCGGCCACUGGCAGAGCAUCGACUUCAAGCAAGUGCUACACAGCUGGUUUCGCCAGCCACAGAGCAACUGGGGCAUCGAGAUCAACGCCUUUGAUCCCAGUGGCACAGACCUGGCUGUCACUUCCCUUGGGCCAGGAGCUGAGGGGCUGCAUCCUUUCAUGGAGCUUCGAGUCCUAGAGAACACAAAAAGGUCCCGGCGGAACCUAGGCCUGGACUGCGAUGAACACUCGAGUGAGUCCCGCUGCUGCCGAUACCCUCUCACGGUGGACUUUGAGGCUUUUGGCUGGGACUGGAUCAUCGCACCUAAACGCUACAAAGCCAACUACUGCUCCGGCCAGUGCGAGUACAUGUUCAUGCAAAAGUAUCCACACACCCACUUGGUGCAACAGGCCAAUCCAAGAGGCUCCGCUGGGCCCUGCUGCACCCCUACCAAGAUGUCCCCAAUCAACAUGCUCUACUUCAAUGACAAGCAGCAGAUUAUCUACGGCAAGAUCCCUGGCAUGGUGGUGGAUCGCUGUGGCUGCUCCUAAGGUGUGGGCUACAGUGGAUGCCUCCCUCAUAGACCCUUCCCCAAGACCCCAGCCCUGGUCCCCAUUCCCCCAAGCCCUAGAGUGCCCUCCACCUCUUCCCAUGAACAUCACACCUUGUUCCCUGACCAAGCAGUGUGCAAUACAACAGAGGGAGGCAGGUGGGGAUGGAGGGUGAAGGGCUGGGAGAAAGGAAGGGCAGUCAGGGUGGAGUGUACCUGAGAUUUGCAGGUGAGAAGGCUUGGCAAGAAGACGAGAUGUAGAGACAGAGGAAGAAGAUGGAAGGAUAGAGACAGAGGAGCAAACAGAGCAACACUGAGAAGGCGAAGGAAUAGAGGCUAAAGACAGACAAGGAGAAAGAGACUGAAAUGAGAGUAAAAUGAAAGCCCUGCCCCAAGCCUCCUUUCUUCUACCAGCAAGGUGAGGCUUGCUAUAGAUUGGGGAGUUCCCCUGACAACUCAGUAGGAGUAAAUCAGAAGUCCAUUCUUAGCUUCUUCCCUCUCCUUCCAACAGUAGCCAGAAGUGAAAUAAGGAUGGGGCAAAGGAAGGACCUGGGAAUUUUUUUAUUUAUUUAUUUAUUAUGACUUUUUUUUUUUUUUGGUAUUUGGCUUUACUGGAAUAGGAGGGACCCUGCCCACUGUGCCCCAUUGGUCCCGUACUCCCCAAACCCUGCUCUCCCCAACACCAACCUCCUUAAGCACUUGUAUUAAGCCUCCAGGGUUGGGAAUGGGAGCAAAGGGCAAGAGGGUGGACACAUGGAAGCUUCGAACCCAUAAUCACCCUAACCAACCUUCUUGAGCCAAACGGGUUGAGCUGAGUGGUCAUGGAAACAGAAAAAAGUUCAGACUUAAGAGCUGGGGGGAGGGGAACCUCAACAUCCAGAUCUAUGAGAGCUACUAAACUACCCCUCAGGCCUACCUUAGUUGUGGUACUAUUAGCCAGAGGGCACAGCCUGCUUAUCCCCAAUCCCCCUCAGCCAAGAGACCAAAGAGCCUGUGGAAUGCCCCUGCUCUCAGCCUCUAUCUUCAGGUCAAUAAAAAUUAGAGAUCCCAGAGUCCCCCCAGGUCUGGGAAGGGUAAAGGGUCAAAAAAAUAGUAACGAGGCUGAAGGUUAUAGGGCAUCUGAAUCCAAAUCACUGCUCUAGGCUAGGGAGUACAGCCAGCAGACCAAGUGGACGGGACUCUGAAGGGGACAUUUUAGUCCCCAACCCCAAAGCUCAGGGUGGAAGAAGGGAGGACAAGGGAGAAGAGUGUCUAUAAUUUUAUUUUUUAUUUUUGGAAUAUAGCAGUACCUGACAGCAGGGAUGGGACAGUACAGGCAUGUGACAAGGCCAGUUACAGCAGAGGAUGGGAGGAUGGAGAAUCCUUGGUUUGGAAGGCUUAGGAAGCAGGCAAGCGAUUAGCUGCCACUUCAAGUCACUACCUGGGCCCAUUCAUUCCUCCCACAAUCCGACCCACCCUCCUCUGGACUCACUGUGCCUCAGUGUCUUCCCCUUGAUGGAAUGAGAAACAGCAGCACCCGCCACAGCCAAGAGAUGAAUUCUGAGCACUUACCACGGGCACUUUAUGGACAUAAAAUACCUCUCGCUGUGGGACUAGAUAACCAGGGCACCACAAUGGUGGUGACGAGAUGUGAGGCUCCAAGGAGUCAGGCUUCAGAGCACAAGUACCCUCUGCCUCCCAGCUGGACAAUGCCUGAAGCCAAGGAGUUGAAAUCUCCAUCCCCUAACCAUACCUCACCUGUGGCCUCUUGGCUCCAGACAAGAUCUUGAGAGGAUGGGGGAAGAGAGGGAGAUUACAGCAACAUGAUCAUGAGUAGAGCCAGACAUGACGUAGAAAAGUACUGAACCGAGGUCUGUGCUUCCUGAGAUCAUGCUUCUCUCACUUGGGCCAGACCAUAGGAAGGAAAAAGGUGUGUGACUAUCCUUGGUACCUAACUCCUAUCUCACAGAGAAAAGGAGGUGUCUCCUACAAGGAAUGGACAAGGCUGUCAAGCCUUUCAACUCACUUCCCAUGUAGUAGCUGUUAGUCCCAAGCCUCUCUCUGGUCCUGUUCUUCAUCUCUUUUUCUACCCCAUCUUAAAGAACAAGACGCACUUGACCAUCACCACCAACCACACUUCUUGGUGGAGGAGAGCAAUAGAAGGCAGUGAGAAGAUGCUUUCCUCCAAGGUCAAAUGUCUGUUGAUCUUGGGAAAGGUAAGGGCUGGAUCAUUAGGUUAUCAGGUAAACUUCUCUACUAUAGUUUAGAGAGCUGGGGCAUUAAACUUCAAAUACUGCCUCUUUAUCACCACCAAGUAAAUACCUUUCCAGGGGGAAAAGGUUCUCUUUUGAAUACAAACCUGAGUUAAGCCUCAGUUUCCUGGUCUUUUCUAUCCCCUAAGAGGCUUGAGGACAUGGCCUAGCAAUUCAGCGGGAGCUGGCACUUCCCACACCUUACCUGUGUGGACUAGCCAGUGCCCCUCUGAAAGUGUCAUUCAUUAUUAGUGUAAUUCUUAACUUUGUGUAUCUGUUACAUCAUGUGUGUGAUUGCCUUUGUUUGUUAAGGGUAUUUGAGGAGUAUGGGCUGACAGGGGCACUGGAAUGCCAGGAAAGGACUUCUUCACUGACAUCAAGGUUUAGGAAGGAACCAUUGCAAAAGGCCAUCAGGCAGUUUUCAAGUUAUGUGACAGAGGGCAAAGAUGGCCAUAGGGUGCUCUGAGUUUUGGAACGGUCACAUGACACAAUCCAGCACUUGAACCUGAAAAAAGAAAAAUAAAAGCAGUCAAAGAGUUUAGAAUU